CUGAACCAUAGAGAGCGCGAGAGAGAAGGAAACGCGCAGUCGCUCUGUUACCGUACCGUUCUUUCUCUAGCUUUCUCGUGAGUUAGGCAAGUUCCCACAUUUAACUAAGCUAGCAAAUUUUUCUUUUGCUAGUCUUUUCAGUAAGAACUGACUGAUUUCGGUAGUGCAAUAAUAUAUGUAUAUAUAUAUUGCAAAAACGGAAUAAAUUCCAUUUAGGAAAAGAAGCUAUGCCUAUUGAAGUGUUAAAAGUGUCCUUGCGGGGCUUAAAAAAUGCGCUGCCAAAGCAUCUCCAGAAAGUCGAUUUGAAGGAUUUGCGGUUGGGGGGUGACUAUACCGACAAAUAUUUUCAGGGAGCAGUUGUUAUUUCCUACCCAUUAACUAAACUUGGAAAUGGUAAAGCAUUCUUCAAAACUGUACUUCAAGAAUCAGAAAACUCAUGUAGCAGGAUUGGCACCAUCAAUAUUUUACUGUUUGGGAAGCUGGCAGAGGACUGUGAAAAAGUGAUACAUCAAGGGGAUACCAUGGUGGUAGCUGGAUUCAGCUUGUCUAAAUCUGCCAGUGAAGACGGCAGGCAUUGCCUCCAGCUGAAAAUGCCUGAUGAGGCUGGGUCAUCUAUUUAUAUUUGUCCUAAGUCACGACGUACAGCUGUUGCUUCAGAAACAGUAGCCAUGUCUGUUGCCCCCAAGUACACAUAUACUCCUCUAAAUCAUCUGAAAGGUGGUACUGUUGUCAACUUGUAUGGUGUUGUAAAGUUUUUCAAGCCUCCAUAUGUGAGCAAAGGAACUGAUUAUUGUUCAGUGGUAACAAUCGUGGACCAAUCGGACACUAAGUUGGUUUGUACGCUUUUUAAUGCAAACACAGAUGCCCUUCCAAAAAUCUACAAAAAUGGUGACAUUGUUCGAUUUCAUAGAUUAAAGGUCCAAGAGUUCAAUGGACAGAUGCAAGGAAUUACCAAUAAUGGUUUUGCAGCACUUACUUUUGACGGCACAGUAGGAGCACCAGUGGUUCCCCGAACUACCACCAAAUUAUUCACAUUUACCGAUGAAGACAAGAAGAUAGUAGAAGAUUUGCGCAUUUGGGCAGCAAGAAAUUUUUCAAAUUCUGUACCAGCAGCAAAUUUGUCGAGCAUCCAGCCACAAAUGUUUUUUGACUUCACAUGCCAACUAGUUGGGAAAGCAAAAACAGAUGGAUCUUCCUAUCUCCUUAAGGUGUGGGAUGGUACCAAAUGUCCCUUCCCUUCUGUGAAAGUUUGUGUCAAAGAAGAUGAUCUUGAAGGAGAUAGAGUUCUCAUCAAUCAACUGAAAAAUCUGACUGUGGAUGUUAUAGUAUAUGAUAACCAUGUACAGAUGGCAGAAUCACUGAAGGUUGGAAGCUUCAUCAGAAUGUACAGUUUACAUGCAAAAACCCAACGUCUUGAAGAGAAGUCUGAAGUUUCAUAUAUACAGUUCCAUCUUCAUGGGGGUACUGGUUAUGGCCGUGGGAUUACAGUCCUUCCAGAAAACCACAGAGAUGUGAAAGAACUAAAGGCAUUCCUGGAGUCUGUGGAUUUGAGAGAAUAUGCAAGUUCAGAAAGCCCUACUUGUCAGGAACCUGAAGAUUCAUAUCUUACAUUAGGAUCCUGUUCAGAGGGAUACCAACAGUUAUCAGUUACAGUGCUAACUGAUCAUCAGCAUUUUGAUGUGACAACAGUGAAUACUAUUUUGAAUAGCAGAGUUCCUCAACAAUAUCGCAUCAGAGCUAAGCUGAGAAAAUUUGAACCCAAGAAGCUUUAUCAGUCUGUUAAACUUCUUUGUCCUCAGUGCAAUUCAUUGAAAGAAGUUCCAGAUGUGACUGAAUUUGAUGUACUUUUACAGGCUUCAGCUACAUAUCCAAAUCCAGAUUUACAAAAUAUACCCUUCUGUGAAUCUGUUGUGUGGGAUUUGGAAAACCAGGGAAGUCGCUAUGUAACAGUUCAUUUUGUAACACGUUAUGAAUUACUUCAAGAGCCAGAAGACAGUUUAAUUAUGAUUGAAGGAGGGACUGUAAAUGAAAUCUUAAGGCUUUCCAAAAAAUUUAAAGGAAUUAUACCCGUGAAAUCCAUAGAAGAGAACCUUGUACUACUGGACCUUUCAGUGCCAUUCUUUUGGCAAGGGAAUAUUCAAUACUAUGGGUGUCAACACUGUUCAGACCCAAAGACAGUGCCAAGUCUGUAUACCCUUUCUCAACAGAAGAAUGCAUCAUGGGAGCCCACUGCAAUAGCAGAAGCUUUAGGCAUCGUUCUUCUUCAGUAUGUUUUCGUGAUGACGUUUACGCUGGAUGAUGGAACAGGAGCUCUAGAUGCAUACCUCGUUGACACUGGAAUUUUUUUCCAGAUUCCAGCUUCUGAAAUCCUAACCUGUAACAUUUUUCAAGAGAACAUGGAGAGGAUUAUGAACAAACUUCAACCCCCAGAAGCAAAUCCAGAUGACUUGCCGUGGUUGGAAUGCUUCAUCAAAUCCUAUUAUGUCAGGAAUGGAACAGCAGAACAACUUUCGUAUCAGAUUUUUGAUACCAUGAUUGCUGAAGAUGUUUGAUACAUCUAGCUGCUUCAAAGAUUGAAGACCUGUGCACUUGCUAUUUUAAAUUUCUAAGUAAUGUGGACAUUGUAUACAAUAUUUGCUUUUAAAUGAGAUAUGGAAAUAUUGCUUGUGUCACCAAGUGAAUAUGGUAUGUACAUUUUGUUCUAGUAGAUUCUUUUGUUUUUAUUGAAAUUUUGUAAUUUGACAGUGCAGUCAGUUAUAGUUUUUGUACUGACUAGUUCACUCGUAAGUGGAGUAUAUGCUGGUGAUGACAUUCAAAGCUGAACAAAAAAGCUUCAGAGAAGUUGUCCUGGGACUGUUCUAUGUUAACAGAGCAAACAGUGCAAGUAUUUGAAUAGUGCUUCUGUUUGUAAGGUGAAACCAUUGUGAACCAAGUUGAUAUCAUGCCAUACAAGGAGUUUUCUUGAUGUCAAAAUGGGCUGGGGCUCCUCAGGUAUACCAUACAUCUAUAAUAAAGAACUGCCAAAGUGGGCCCUGUCCCCAAAACUUGGUGCUCUGGUUGAGUUUUGCCCUGCUGUCAUUCAGUUCCCCCAUAUAAUGGAACAGAACAUUGUUUCAGCUGUUGCACUGCAGUAGCCAUAUAUGCUGAUAGCCACAGGCUUGUACAACAGCACAGUUGCUUUUCAUUGGUUUGACUUAUUUAUCUUUACCUAAUAGUGAGUUGCUGUUUUUCUUCUUUCAUACAAAUAGAAACAUUUUCAGGAGCUGUGCUUGCAACCCCCUGUUUAUCAGACUACUCUUCAUCAUACAUACAGCUGGACCUAUUAGAUCAUGGGAUCAUGGGAUGAUCAAUCCGUGAAGAAGGAGAACAAUAAAGGAAGUCAUAACCCAAAACUAAAACAACUGAAGAAACAAAAAGAUGGGGGUAGGGAGGCCAGGUAAGAUGUAACCAUCGCUGCCUCAACCACAGGAAAACUCUUAAUAAGUUUCCAUAUUGAGACAUCAAGUCAAACCAUAGCUUGCACUAAGCCACAGCACAUGUUUAAGCCAUCAUUUGAGCUUCCUGGUAUGCAACAGGAAACUUAUGAUUCAGAACUGCUUGGCAGCUUUCUUUUUAGCAUGAUGCAUAAAUUAACUCUCAUGUCCAUAAUGCAGCAGCCUCUGGAGGCAGAGCUGUGGCUAUAGCUAAUGUUUGCAGAUCCAGUCAUUAUGCCAAACUGUGGUUUGUAACUACUUCAGAAUCACAAUUUUGGUUCCAAUUUCGACGUUAUGCUGAAACACACUUCGGUUUCCUUAAACAUGGUUUAGCAUGGUGCCGGAGUUGAAUCCAUUUUUGUUUAUAUCUGUUACUCUGCCCAUUCAGUGGUGAGAAUAAGUCAAGACCUUUGUCUACACUAAAUGGAGAAGAUGACACAAUAUGGUACAUGUUUAUUUUUUAAAAAAUUCCAGCUUCACAAAAUGUAUGCAUAAAUAUCUGACAUUGUCAUAUAGAAGUGUGACUAUCUAACACUUUACCAAAGAUGGAAGCUGCUUACCAUAUCAAAUAACAUUUUCGGGGGCAGGGGAACCAGUGGCAAUUUUACAGAUGAGAAACUAAUCUGUGGCUGUAUUCAGAAGUCACAAGCGCUGAUUUAGCUCCAAGAAAUCUGUGGUUAGACAUACAGCUUGCUGAUAUUCUUACAUGUAUUCCUUUUUCCACCUCUAUCCAUGCACAGAGACCCCAAUUUGAUCAAGCGCAGAUUCAAUGCACUGUUUAAAUGCAGGACCUUGAUAAAUAGAAUUUGUUUACUCCUUCCCAACUGGAAAUCUAAAAUGUAUUCAGACAUUACAGUGGUUGAGAGGUUCUCAGUACAGAGCUGAGAGGAAGUUGCUAUAUUAAUUGGCUCCAAGAGCGAAACACUUUCUCAAGCUUUUUUACUAGUAGUAUGUUUGUUGUGUUCUAUGCUAGACUUGAGUGCAAAACUUUUUCACCCAAUGAAGAAGAAUCUUUUUAUGAAAUCCAUGCUUCCAACAGCAACAAUAAAGUCUGGCCAAAAUAUUUGACAUUGUGCUUAUAUUUUGGAUAUAGGAGUAAAUUCUUCUAAUCAGUGGAGUUUUAGGUAGUCUAACAGUUACACUUUUGACCUACAAAAGUUUUCCCUUGCAGUGCUUUAUCAGUCUUACUGAGAGCGAAAUAGCAGCAGGUAGUUUAUCUGAAAAAGUGAAGAGAAUGGCUUCUCUAAUUUAGUGCACCUUGUUGCUUCUCAAAAGAACAUAUGACUCUCACAGCCUGUUGUGUUACACUGAUGUGAAAAAUUAUAAUUUGAAAUAGUUGUUUCUGUAAUCCAUCUGUAUUGCAAAUUAAUGCCAUUUAUUUGAUAGAAUUUAAAUAUGUAACUGUGAAAAUGCUUAGGCCCCUUCCACACAGCACAGGGAGAAUGGGCUGCAGGCGGGAUAAAAUAACCUGUUCCCCUGUUUUAGUAUUCGCAUGCCUCGUUGCAGGCAGCGAACAGAGCCCACAGAUGCAAUGUGGACUGCUGUCGCGCUUUUGCACAGAGGUGCAGUUUUUUUUAAAAAAAAAACGCACCUCCCUCCAAUGGAAGGCUGCAAGCAGGGACUGUUAAACCCUGGGAAGCGCAGUUGAGUAAAGCGCUUCCUGGGGCUACCGUUCACUCGCAAGGGGCUGCAAAAUGCAUUAAAACAGGGGAAUCGUGGAUAUGGCGAUGCUCCAAUAUCCCGUUUCGGGGGGGGGGGGACGCAGGGCAGCCUCACUCUAGGGGCGGGAGCCAUGCAAAGUUCGUCCCAAAAUGGUUUUUUCCCUGUCCCCAGCCCAGGUUUAUUGGCCCAUGUGGAAGGGGCCUCAGUACUGGGGAGGAGAUCUGUGUGCAAAAUUCACUGUCUAUAGGGUGUCCUGUUCUUUUAAAACCAUUGAACCGUGCCCGUGCAGAGAGCUCUAUGUUCUCAGAGCUACAGUAACAUCAAAGAAAAUGCACAUCCCUUGUUUGCAUGGAUAACUGCACGCAUAAUGGGAUCACCAGAGUUCUAGGGCAUGUAAUUAGUGAUCUGUGCAGAUUUUUGAAUGAUUCAUUUCCUCACAAUUAUAGCAUGCUUGAUAUCAUGUUAAAGCAAUUACAUCUUUUCAAGAAAGCACCUAUUGCAUAGUAAAUGUAUGUACAUAUGACUUUACAUAAUCUCAGAAAUCAAGAGUAAAUAACUUUAAUGCAAUCAUGUUAGGUCAUUUUACUCACCAGACUCAGUUCAGUGAGCUCAAUUCAUUUUUGUAGAGCAUUAAUUUUCUUAAGCGAUAUCCGUCAGUUUUUCCCAUUAUGAUGGUGUAGUGUGGUGCUUUGAUAGAAUAUUUAAUAUUGUGAAGAUAACCAUUCAAUAAAUACUUUUUGUUUUUAUUUGUGGAAUUUAAUUUCCAUCUUUUCCAUGUGCUUGCUGAUGGUUGUUCCAGGUUUGCAAUAUUGCUUAUGGUGAGUAAAGGCCAAAGUAGGUGUUACAGCAUCCAUGGUUUGGGCCUGUUGAUACUGUAGCCAUUUUAAAGCAAUUUAAAAAUACUGCAAGACCCUGAUUUUAAUCAGGCCUGCAGCAUGGCAGGCUGUGCCCCCCCCCCCCCCCCACCAUUAUCAGGUUCCAAAGGGGCCACAGACACAUACACAGCCGUUUUGGCACUUUAAAAGAGCCAUGGGGUUUCUGCAAGAGCACCUCAGCCUGCCACACUGAAGGCCCAAUCAGGGCUGGACCCGUGGACAUAAUCACAAAUUUAUUUUGGCUUUAAGAGCCAAUGUGGUGUAGGGGUUAAGACCAGAUGGAUUCUAAUCUGGAAAACCGGGUUUGAUUCCUCACUCCUCCACAUGAUUGGCUGAGUCAGAUUUGGUGAGUCAGAUUUGCUUCUGCGCUCUUACAUUCUUGCUGGGUGACUUUGGCUAGUCACAGUUCUUCAGAACUCUUUUAGCGCCACUUACCUCACAUGUGUUGGUUGUGAGGAGAUGAAGGGAAAGAAGUUUGUAAGCCCCUUUGAGUCUUAUAGGAGAGAAAGGGGGGUACAAAUCCAAACUCUUCUUUUAAGAGCUUCCUCAGGGUAAUGUUGGGAGGGGUUAGAUAUGAAAUGGAAGAAAGUUUGUAUUUUUCUCUUAAGCCAUUGACCAGCAAUUGAUUGCCAAGACAGGCAUGUUUCUGUACUGACAAGACCUAUCUUCCAUUAAUUGCUAUAUCAUUGUGGGAAACAGCUGCUCCCCUUCCCCCUGUAAAGCAUUAAACUUUUAUACUCACAGUAUAUUCCUCCCAGAUUGAAAUAGGUAUUUGUAUAACAACACAAAUGACAUAGGACAUGUUUUUCCUGACAUAUUUAUGAAUACCUAUUUUAGUAAGAUAACAUGUAAAGCAUCUGCACUUCUCUUAAAAAUAUUUGUUCUAUUUGUCCAUAAAAAAUAUUUGUG